AUGGACACAACACCAAAAAACACGGACGAGAAGGUGACGAAGGGAGGUGAAGGGGCGUCGAAAUCGACACCCGUAUCUGUCCCAGGGGGGGCUGCUGCUCCCGGGACGACGAAAUCGUCGCCACGUAGUAGCAGGACUAAGACCCUGAUAGGAGUCUCCGCAUCAGGCGGUAGGAUGAGGGAAGCCGGCGCAAACCCGCCAAAACAGGUAGGGAAGGGUGGAGCCCUCAUACACGGCGGAAUCGCCAGCACUAGCAGAGGAACUUCUGCUAGAGUUAUGAAGGGGUCCACAGGGGGCUUUAGCAAAGGGGCUUUAGCUAGGAAGCUGAAGUCGGACCGUCGAUUAGCGGCAAAAAUAGUGGAACGCUACGGUGGUGAGCAGAUACCUGACCAGCAUGCUAACACGCUGGAGUGGGCCAAGAAGGUGUUAAGCGAGAGCGAGACCGAUGGGUCACGACUCGAAGCGAAUAGACACGAAACAGCGGUUAAGCGGCAAAGAUCGCACGAGGGAGAAACCUCUCUUGGCAAAAAACCGAGAACGGGGGCGGCGCCAACCUUCAGCGAGAUUGCUAAAGGUGCUAAUGCUAGGACACUUGGCGUUCUCAACCGCAGCAGGGAGGACGGGGCUAUCUCCCAUGAAGAGUGGAAGAGAGUAGCUAUCUCUUCGGUCUUCCUUAGGGUGGUCAAGGAAAACCCUGGGCCACCCCCAAAAUGCGUUAGUGCCGGCUGGCAUCAUGGGCUGCACAAGCUGACUAGGUGCGCCGAUGAAAGAUCGGCCAUCUUAUACAAGAAGGCAGUCUCUCUGGUGGGGGAGGUUUGGAAGGGGGCUAGACUGGAGGCCGUGGACAAAGAGGAUCUUCCUCUUCGCCCUAGGGCUCGCGUCUGGUUGCCGGCCGAACCGUCCACUGCGAAGGAGAUAGAGGAAAUCCUCAGGUACUGCAACCCCACACUCCCCGCGCACGACUGGAGGGUUUUAAGGCUGGAGAGAACCAAUGAACCAUAUCGGCAAGCGCUGAUAAUGCUUAACGCAGAGUCCAUCGGUCCUCUCAGCAGAACCAAGGGAGCCAUCAGCUAUGGGUUCGAAAUGGUGGUACUGAAGGUACUCCCAACGGAUGCCAGGGCUGAUGGCGCUCAAGCUGCAGAUGCGGGGGAGAAAGGAGAAGGCGUUAGCGAUGGUCAAGCGACCACGGAAAGCGACCCAAGCCUCUCGGACGUGGCGAGUACUGGAGGCGGAUCGUCGAUCGGCGACUCCGUUUUCAGCCUCGAACAAUUGUUUGAGGAGGUGAGGGUCGAUCAUGACCUAAGCGCUGAACUGGCGCUUCUAGAGGAUAGUCUGAAGGAUGAGAUUCCUCCAGAUUAACCUCCAUCAUGCAAAGGCGGCU